AGAGCUCAUAUCUUCACUUUGACUGGAGGACUUGCUCACUUCACAGCUGCUAUAGGACUGAGAUAUUAAGCUGAAUUUCAAAGAGACUGUGAUACUUGGUGUGAAAAGCAGGAAAUAUUUCUUUUUCUUUGUCUGUAAUUUUACAGGUCAGAAGCUGCAGCCUCAGCAGGCACCGAACUGCUCAAGAUGUUGAAUAAACUCCUGCAAUAUGUCCGUAGUGGAAAAAUCGGCACCACUGGCACAGGCAUCGGGAUUUUCUUCGCAUUUAUGUAUCUGCAGGCCAAGAUGUGCGCUUGCUCAGGCCACACUUUUGAUUGCAAUGAAAUGGUGGUCGUGCCUGUUUUUUUAGUAUUUUUCCUGGUGCUCCUGAUAGACCAGACAUUUCGGAGCACAGCGGAGCAUCCAUCCACGUUUUUAUGCCUUGUACUCAAGCGCGUUAUCAGAGCAUUUCUAAUCAGUCUGCUGUGGAUUGUAGCUGUGUUGCUUUUCACAGACUGGUAUAGUUGCUGUACCACUGAUGAAAAAAAGAGGAAGCUGUUCUGCGAACCUGAGGGUCUCACGGCUGAUGAAACAGCUCAAAUAACUGAGCUGCAAAUGAAGUCAAAGCUUGCUGCUUACUCUCUGCUCCUCAGCAUGACUGUUGUCGCUUUCUUCAUGACUUGGAGUGGGUGGAGAAAAUGGUUUAAAAAAAAAUACAGUUGGUGCAACAAGAAAACUUUUUACUACAAACUGAUUUUGGAAGAAGAGAAAAAAGUUCUGGAGGAGCUUUUGAGGAAAGAAGCAAAUGAAACUCUGACUAAAGAAAUCACGAGCAACAUAAAAAGGAAAGACUGGGACGGCUGUUUAAAUGUUGCUCAACAAAUGAUCAGUAAUGCAAAACAUCAAAAACCAGAAGCAACCAACCAGCAGAUCAACUGGAUCAGUGAGGGGAGCUCCAGCAGAGGGGGACAGCAUCAUCAAGAAGCAGCACAUCAGCAGGCACAAAAGUAUGAACUUCAAGCACUGUCACAAGGUAAAUACACCCACAAUCCUUAUUUCACCUUACAGCUUUCUUGACAUCACUUAACUUGCCUUUUACUGUGAUAAUUCAAAAAACCGGACACUUCAUUAUGUUUCUUCAGUGAUGUGAAGACGGUGAUCUGCACAUUUGCCCCCCGAGGUCUCUGCUGUACCUGUCUUCACUAAAACUGUUGCAUAUCAAGUGCUUAUUUUUUGCUGGUUUUACAUUUACAAAACAAUCAUAAUGACACAACAGACAGUAAAUUUCUAAACUGAGCCAAAAGCUGUGAUUCAGCUUAGACAUGAACUUUCAAACUGAUCUGUUAUUAGAAAUUUAUAGUUUAUUCAAUAAAAGCAAUAAGUGGUGAACCAGCGUAUUUAUCAUCAUAUUUGAAUUAAUGAAGGAUGAACUCAUUUUAACGUUACACUUUUUAAUAAUUAGAGUUCAAUUUAACCACUUUAUAGUGUUUUUGGAUUGUGGAAAGAAGUCAGAGAACCGAUGUAUUCUGGAGUUGUCCAAACAGACAAACUCCACACAGAAAGGCCGCAGCACGUUUGAAUCUUGCUCCUGUGAGGUGACAGUUCUAACUACUGCAACGCCCUGCCAGCCUGUCUCAGAUCUCCAGUCCAUGUCAAGGCACCUUCUGCUCCCUGUCCCCUUGAACUUUGUGGAUGUAGAGUUUCACAGUUUCAUGAUUCCGUAAAAUUAGUAAAAUGUAUUUUCCUUUAUUUGACCCAAACUCAGUAUCUCAGUAGCUACAGGUAAAAUUUGACUGGCAAAGCCUCAAUGUAAAAAAAAAGUAGUAUUUGGAAAAACAAAUAAAAGUAUAAAAGUUUUAAAUAAUUUAUUGUUUAUGUAUUUUGGGUCACUUCAAGUAAUCAAAUUUCAAGUU